CGCGCUGGAUUAGCAGCACCACGCCAACUUGACAAUCAACGUGGAAGCAAUCAUCACCCGAAACACAUCACGACAUGGCGACUGACAAGCUUUGUCGAGGCGCACUUUGCAAGUAAACCGUCAGUGUCCCAAUGGCGCAUCUCGAGGAAAUACCGGCGGUCAUCUUCCUGCCCUCACGCGACAAGUCUCGCCUUCGGCCCCUUCCUCCACAGCUGCGCGGGCCAACCUCGCUGGGCGCGUCGCACACGCCCACUUGAACCUACCUCUAACCACCGCCUCCAAACCAUUCAGUUCCACAUACCAUCUUCCUAAACUGCGCAAUGGCCGGCAAGCCUGUCACCGGCCGUCCCAAGACGACUAUCGAAAUACCUCUCCCUUCUAUCAAAAAGUACACCCGUGGCUCGGGUCCACCGCCGCCUCCCAUUACUCUCGCGCCGCCUCGAGAUUCGACCGCAUACAUCAUCGACCAGUUUGUCCUGCCUGUGCUUAAGGACACGAAGCCAGACUCUCGACGGCGUAUUUUUUACCAUAUUGGAUUUACCGACAUCCCGGCUGCUAGGCUUCUGGUCCCAUGCAACGAAGUCCUUGAUUACGUAUCCCCGCGCGAGUUGGAGGAAUGGGAGUACGAUGCUCUCCAAAUUAAGGAAACGGAUAAGGCUGUGGAAGCUGAGCAAAGGCGCAAGAACCAGGAGCAAGCUCCCGCUAAGAAGAAGCCUGGUCGCCCUCCAAAGGCCCGCUUGAACGAGCCAGCGCUUGACGCACCCGCGGAGCCGGUCAUAUCGUUGCAAGAGGGGGACGUCCUGUUGGCCAAGCAGGAGGCUGUUGGCGGCCCCUCGUUAGCUACUCCACAAAAACGGAAGCGGGUCGAGAUACCCAGGUAUGAUGAUUCCGACGAAGCGGCGAUCCAUCUCCAACUACAGAACCAGUCACCCGUUCCCAGCGAGGUAGAGGAUAGCGGCACGGACCUGGAGGGCUACGAUUCCACUGAUCCUCUGUCGGCCGAUCUAGGUCCCAAGGUUACAUCUUAUUCGCGAGGUAAUAGCUCAGGGUCGUCCGCGCAACAGCCUGUGGCCGGGCCAUCCAAGCCAACAGCAACAAAGCCAAGUGUCUCGAGCAACAUUGCCUCGCGUCCGUCAUCGAGUGUCGUUUCCACCCCAGGAAGAAUUCAUCCAAUGUUUGCCCGCAGCAUUGAGGUAGGAAGCAUCUCGGUCAGUGGACAUGGCAGCCAGAAAGGGGCAGGCCAGAAUGGGAUUGAAUCUUCCAGCGCAAGGAAGCGUCGAAAAGACGAGCAACCGAAACCGGGCAGAAAGCGCAAGAAGUCCCACAUUGAAGAGCCCACUGAUUCCUGGGUAGUCAAGGAACUACUCGACGACCAAUGGGUAACCGAACACGGCGUCAAGGUUCACAAGUACCUGGUCCUCUGGGAAGGCAACUGGCCCCCUGACCAGAACCCGACAUGGGAACCUGAAGACAACAUUGAUGACCAGGGCCUCAUCAAGACAUACCUGAAAAAGAAGGAAAGCGGGAUGCUAAAAGCCCCCAAGAAAACACAGCGGUCCAUGCUGUCGUAUCUCUCGCAGCCUCAGUACUCGAGCGUUGCUGAAGCAUUCGAAGGCGAUAUCGACGAACUACAGCCAGAAGCUGCAGCUGUGACACCGGAAAGUGAUUCGGAUGACGGUGAUGAGCUUUUGGUGACGGAAGAGCCUGUCGCCAAGACACAGAAGAAUGGGAAAGGAGAGAGUAGCAGUUUUACCUCGUUCGACUCGAAGCUGGAGAAGUACCAGAAGACAUUUUCAAGGUGAUGAGGAAAAUGCUCGGGCGCAUGAUUGGAGUGCUAAUGGGCACGCACUUCCUUUUGCUGGAGAAGUUUGCUUGAAAUAUACUACGUUCUUGGGAUGAACCUAA